CACACUGACCAGAGAGGGUCCUACAGUCUAGGUGUCAGGAAGUAUCUGUGUCCAGGCCUACAUACAAGGUCUUCCCUCCCCCAGGACAGUAAGGACAUGCCACCUAAAACCAAAGAAAAACGGAGAAAAGCUGGGGUACAGAAAAAGAAAAAGAACCUGGGAGCUGAUGUGGAGACUGAGACCAAGCACAGGCUGGUGCUUUUGGAGAAGGAGCUGCUUCAGGACCACCUGGCUCUACGGGGGGAUGAGGCUCGUCAAGCCAAGGCUUCUGAGGAUAGGCUGAAGCAGAGAUUACAAGGAUUGGAGGCUGAACUGGAAAGGGCCCGAAGCGAAGCAAAGGCCAUAUAUGCAGAGAUGAGCCGCCAGCAUCAGGCCCUGCAAGAGGAGAUGGGGACCCGAAGCAAGCAGCUGGAGGAGGAUGUGAGAGGUCUACAAAAGCAGCUAGAAACAUGCCAGAGGGAAGCUGCGGCAGCAAGGGAAGGGGCUGAGCAAGCACUCCGAGAGCGGGACAGAACCCUCGCUCAGCUUCGGGCUCAUGUGGCAGAUAUGGAAGAUAAGUAUGAAGAAAUCUUACAUGACAACCUGGACAGUCUCUUAGCCAAGAUGAGAGUGGUCAAGCCUCAAUGGGAUGCAAAUGUGCUGAGACUCCACACCAGUCACAAGGAGAUGCUGUGCCAGUUUGGUCUCAACCCCCUGGAUCUUUGAGGCCACAGGCCUCUGGUCUCUUAGUCCCAGCAA